AUGGCAGCAAAAGCCGUUGCAGUCAUCGCUGGGGUCGGGCCCGGGACGGGCGCCUCGAUUGCUCGGCGUUUUGCAAAAUCAUAUGCCGUGGCAUUGCUCGCUCGCAAUCCGGAUAAUUACCAACCGAUCGUCCGGGAAAUCUCUUCGAGCGGCGGGCACGCGGUUGGAAUCAGCACCGAUGUAACAGACGAAAAGAGCGUCAAGGGCGCCUUUACCGAGAUUACAAAGACCUUCCCCGGUGCUCCGCUGGCGGCUGCGAUAUACAACGUCGGCGGUGGAUUAGUGAGGAAGCCAUUUCUAGAACUCUCAGGACAGGAAUUUGAAGCUGGGUUUGCGAGUAACGGACUGGGAGCAUUCCAUUUUUCGCAAGCAGCUAUCCCUUUACUUUUGAAAGGCUUGAAUUUAGAGUAUCCUCCCACUCUUAUUUUCACCGGCGCAACUGCAAGCCUGAAGGGUUCGGCGCGACUGGCGCCUUUUACGACUGGAAAGUUCGCGCUCCGUGCACUUUCCCAGUCGCUGGCUAGGGAGUUUGGUCCGCAGGGAAUACAUGUCAGCCAUGUUAUCGUUGAUGGGAUCAUUGAUAUCGAGCGGACGAAACAGAUCCACUUUGAUGCGCCAGAUGCAAAGCUAGAUCCAAAUUCGAUUGCCGAUACAUAUUGGUAUCUACACUCGCAACCGCGAACGACAUUUACACAGGAGAUUGAUCUUCGGCCGUAUGUGGAGAAGUGGUGA